AUGGUCAAGAUAAACACCAUCUGUCUCGCGAUGAUGGCCGCCGCUGCCCCUCUUGCGGAAGCUAGAAACUGCAACAAAGGCCUCCUUUAUUGUGGCAACACUCUUCUAGCGAUUGGAAACUACCGUGCCCAAAUCGAUGAUGCAGUGGCAAAGGCUGGUAUACGACGAUUCAAAGGGGACGACUUGACUACAGACUCCCUUUUCAAAUGUCUUGGGGGUUCGAAUGGUGACAUUGAGUACACCAAUUUCUGCCGACGUGGAUGCCAGAAUGGAGGCUCUGGAAAGAAUGACUUUUGCUAA